AUGAUUCCUGCUCCUCCACCAGUCUCUGUUGCCACCGUUGUCAAGUUCAACCUAUUGAUGGAUGAGGGAGGUGACUUUGACGCUGCCGCCGCACUGUUGAAUGAUGAUAAAUUUGAGUUCAUUACUCCCAAGAAGAGCUUCAUGACCAAAUCCGAUUGGCUCCAAGGUUUUCCGGAUGUGCACAAGGAGUCCCCCAUUUUUGAGCCUCCUGCUCCUGGUUCUCAUCCCCUACAAGUGCUCCGAGCUGGGAAGAAAAAGCUCGGGCCAUUGACCAUUUCUUUGGUCGAAACUUACGAACUCGAUGAGGACGGAAAGAUUGAAAAGAUCUCAGUCGCUCGUGCCUAG